AUGCCUAACCAUUCUGCACUCAACUUGGACUAAUAAAACAUGAAUAAAGGAUCAUGAAAGAUCCAGAUGCAAGGUACCCUGAUUUGCAUCAGGGCUAAUUAUUUAUUUAAGAACAGCUAUCCUUAAAGCAUUUUUUGAAAAAACAACCCUAGGAAUGCAUUUUCUAGUUCAUAUUUGUUUACAGACUAAUUAUUCUCCAGUUUGUUGCUUCAGUGCUCUGUAAGGAGGAGCAGGAAGCAGUCCUUUGAUUUUGGAUACCCGUCACUAUGUGGAAAAAACAUUCUGUCUUUUGCCUUUUGGUUUUGGCUGUUGCUACAAACUGUGUAGUGUAUGGACAAAACAGAAGGAGGGGACAAAGGCCAAGUUCUCUAGCAAGAAAAGACAAUCUUCAGGAUUCUGUCUGCUUUGUGGAUAUCAUCUUUAUCCUGGACAGUUCUGAAAGUGCUAUAGAUGUACUGUUUGAUAAGCAGAAAGAGUUUGUCACCGCCUUGAGUGACAAGGUUUUCCUGAUGAAGCCCACCAGAGUCCGCAGGUAUGACACCAAACUGGCAAUCAUGCAGUUCAGCAGUUCAGUCAGAAUCGACCAUCCUUUAACUGAAUGGAGAAACUUGCAGUACUUUAAACAGAAAGUCACUGCCAUGUCUUAUAUUGGGCAUGGCACCUAUUCCUAUUAUGCCAUCUCCAACACUACUCAGCUUUUCAAAACAGAAGGCCGUAAAAUAGGUGUCAAAGUGGCUUUGCUGAUGACUGAUGGUAUUGACCAUCCAAAGUCUCCUGAUGUGCAGGGUGUAUCUGAAGCUGCCAGAGCUCUUGGGAUUUCAUUUAUUACCAUUGGCCUUUCUAAAGUUGCCGAUCAAGCCAAGCUGCGUUUGAUAUCUGGUGAUUCACCUGGGAAGCCUGUGCUCAUGCUCAACGAUCCCAAACUAUCAGAAAAAAUACAAGACCAGUUGGCAACUUUGUUUGAUGAGCGGUGUGAGCGAAAGAGCUGUGAAUGUGAGAAGGGAGACCGAGGACCCCCAGGACCACAUGGUAGUCAUGGUAGUCGAGGGGAUAAAGGUGACCGAGGAGCUAAGGGAGAAAAGGGUGUGGCUGAGAAAGGAGAGUCUGGAGAAAGAGGUCUAGAGGGAAGUCCUGGUUAUAAGGGAGACAAGGGCGACAGAGGUGAAUGUGGAACACCAGGACUAAAGGGAGACAGAGGGCUAGAAGGCCCUUUUGGCCCAAAGGGACCGAGGGGACCUCAGGGAAUCAGUGGCCCUCCAGGUGAACCUGGUCUAAAAGGAAUUCAUGGAAAUAAGGGGGAGCCAGGCCCAUCAGGCCCUUAUGGCCCUGCAGGAGUCCCUGGGAUUGGAUAUCCAGGACCUAAGGGUGACAGAGGUCAGGAAGGAAGAAUUGGGCUUCCGGGACCUAUUGGAAUUGGUGAGCCAGGCUUAACAGGGCCACGUGGUCCUGAGGGUGUGCAAGGGGAAAGGGGUCCACCAGGAGAAGGAGUUGCAGGACCGAAGGGUGAAAAAGGUUCUGAAGGGCCAGGAGGACCAGUUGGAGCACCAGGCCAAUUCAUCAAAGGAGAUAAGGGUGAGCGAGGGAUGGAUGGACCACAGGGGCCAAUGGGGCCACCUGGAGCUGGCAUCCAAGGAAAGCAGGGCGUUCAAGGUCUAAAAGGUGUGCCUGGGGUGAAAGGGUCACGUGGUGUGGGCCUUCCUGGAUCGAAGGGACAAGAGGGUGCAUCUGGACCAAAAGGUGAAGUUGGACCAGCAGGAAUUGGACUGCCUGGACCUAAAGGAGAACCAGGAAGGCCAGGCUUCCCAGGAGAAAGCGGGAAAGCAGGAUUAAUGGGAGUACCUGGGAAAAAGGGGGAGCAAGGAUUACCUGGCCCAAGAGGUCCAGAGGGAAUGCCUGGGAAAGGAGACAUGGGUCCAAAGGGCGAAGAGGGGCAAAAAGGAGCUAAAGGAAAUGAUGGCCUAAGAGGUUUGACAGGGGAUCCAGGACCAAAGGGUGAACCUGGAGUCAAAGGCUCAGUUGGUAGCCCUGGGCCUUCAGUUCAUGGGCCCCCUGGCCCCAAGGGGGAGCAAGGAUAUGCAGGACCUCCUGGAAGUGAUGGAAGCCCUGGAAAUUCAGUCAUGGGACCUCAGGGUGCUCCAGGCUUACCUGGGCCACCUGGACUUCCUGGAGCAAAAGGAGAUGGCUUUCCAGGUCCACUAGGACCUCAAGGAAUGCCUGGUCUUCAGGGACCAAGAGGUCUUAAAGGAGCAGGCGACCCAGGACAAAAGGGAGAACCAGGAGCAAGAGGACCUCCCGGGCCUCCCGGGCAAAGGGGAAUAGGAAUACCUGGGCCAAAGGGCGUUAUAGGGCAAAAAGGUCUUCCAGGUCCACAGGGUCCUCCCGGAGAUAGUAUACAAGGAAGUAAGGGAGAUCAAGGGGUUCAAGGCUUACCAGGACCAAAAGGCUCCAUGGGGAUAGGACUACCCGGUCCUAAGGGAGAUUAUGGAGGGAAAGGAGACCAGGGAAAGAGAGGCAUCAAAGGAGAGAUUGGAGAACCUGGACCUGCCGGAGCAAGGGGUUUUUCGGGACUCAAAGGUGAACCUGGGCUUACUAAAGAAGAAGUAAUCAGACUCAUAAUGGAGAUAUGUGGCUGUGGGAUUAAGUGCAAAGAAAAUCCUUUGGAGCUAGUAUUUGUGAUUGACAGCUCUGAAAGUGUUGGGCCUGAAAACUUCGAUAGGAUCAAAAGGUUUGUAAAAACGGUGACUGACGCAGUCACAGUCAACCAAGCUACGGCCCGUGUCGGCAUUAUCAACUUUAGCCACAAAGUCGAAGUGGUGUCCACAUUGCUGCAAUUUCCUAACAAAGAGAGCCUGAAAAGUGCAGUAGAUGCAAUGCAAUACCUUGGGGAAGGCACAUUCACUGCUACAGCUAUCAGCAAAGCCAUUGAUAUAUUCCAGUUUGCCCGACAAGGGGUGAGAAAGGUGGCUAUUGUAAUAACGGAUGGGCAAGCAGAUCGCCGUGAUUCAAAUUCAUUGGAUGUUGUAGUGAAGGAUGCCCAUGCCCUCAACAUAGAAAUCUUCGUCAUUGGGGUGGUUCAGAAGAGUGAUCCCAAUUUUGAAAGUUUUCGGAAAGAAAUGGACCUCAUUGCUUCAGACCCAGACCUCGAGCAUGUCUACCAGAUAGACGAUUUCAUGACCCUGCAAGCUCUUGAGAAUAAGAUCUUCAAACAAAUUUGCGAUAACGAUUUCAGUUCCUACAUCACCAAAGUGCUCAGUUCAGCACUUUCUCCUGGGCUUGAGACAAGAAAUGAACAUGCUGGUCGGUUUCCCAUCAGUGAGGUGCUAGAGCCAUAUGUCCCCCCCCACAAGCCAGAGGUUACUGAUUCUCUACACCCUACAGGGAUACCCAGUGAGAGAGUAGCAUCGCAUUAUGAUUGGGAUCCCUAUGCUACUACAUUGCCUCCGAAAUACCUUCCUGAUAGUCACAGGCAACCAGUCAUCCCUUCUGCUUAUGACAGACAAGAUUACGUAGAACUCCAAACUCCCCGUCCAGAUCUCUCUCUCUUAACUAGACAAGUGGACUCUGCAACAGCUGUUCUACAGCCUCACAGAGUGAUAGGUGCGACAAAAGAUGCUAGAUGUCUGGAGCCAAUGAAAACUGGAGAUUGCAGAGAUUAUCAAGUGAUGUGGUAUUACGACAAGGAUGCAAAUUCUUGUGCCCGUUUUUGGUAUGGAGGGUGCAACGGUAACCAAAAUAGGUUUGAGAUGGAACAAGAAUGUCAGGCAGCCUGUGUUCAAGGAUAAAGAGAACUCAAGGUUUCAGAAGAAAACAAAGCCAAACAUUUCUGGAGUUUGCAUAAGAAUACUAAAGAAUUCCAAAUGCUGUGUUAAUAUGCUACUUCUGUACCAUGCCUCCUGCUUUUUAGAAUCAUUCAAUCGAUUUUAUAGAGCAUGCUAUCUUUAUAAUUGAUAGCUUUACUUGACAAAAAGCAUGUUAUACUUCCGUGUGUAUGUUUUAGCUCUAGUAUUGCCUGUCACAGUGUUCCAAGAACUUUGAAAGAUAUGAGAGGUUUUAACGCUUAGCUUUAGUAGUACAGAAUCUUUCAUUAUUGGAAAUGAAAAGCAGAACAAGGGACAACAUCUGGACCUGGUAAAAACUGUAAGAGCAGCAAGUGGAAAAAUGCCUCUGGAUACUGAUGGAAACCUUUAAUACAAAAUCGUUAUAUAUAGAUGCCACUAUCUGAAUGCCUCCCACCCCCCCCAAAAAAAUUAAAGCAUGUAUAGAUUUAGCAGUUUAGGAUUGCCAAAAACAUUUGUCAUUUGUCUUUCCUUUUUCUUCAGUACAUCUACAGUAACCAAGAUCCAGUUGUUGUGAUGGACAGCUAGCCACACAGAACAACUGGUGGUCCUCCUUAUUCAUCCUACUUAGAGGAAGAGCCAUCCAGCCACUUUAGUUAGGCUUCAAUGAAUGGCUAUUUAAGCCCAGAUCAGGGCCAGUAUUUUUUAGGGUAUUUGUUAAAGCUCAAUCCAUAUAUUCUUAUUUCUCAGGGCUCUUGUACAAAAGAGUGAAAUAGUACAGACAGUAAAGUGUCAAAGUCAAUUCAUAGGGGAAUUUUAUAAAGAAAAAGCACUGAAAGAUGUACAUAAAGUGUAUUUUUUUGGACCUUACCACUAUGCAAAGGUACUGUACAAGCUAAAAUUGAUGGAAAAUGAUUAAACUGAUUAUAUGGAGCAGAGGGGUGUGUGUCUGCUCUUCUCGU